GCUGCUACGAGGAGCGGGUGGCCGGUGGCGGCGGCGGGCGGCGGCUGCAGCCGGUGGCGGCAGCGGCAGGCGGCUAUGGCGGAAGCGGAGGCCGGCGGCGACGACGCCCGCUGCGUGCGGCUGAGCGCCGAGCGGGCCCAGGUGCUGCUGGCCGACGUGGACACGGUGCUGUUUGACUGUGACGGCGUGCUGUGGCGCGGUGAGACAGCAGUGCCCGGCGCGCCCGAGGCCCUGACGGCGCUGCGGGCCCGCGGCAAGCGCCUCGGCUUCAUCACCAACAAUAGCAGCAAGACCCGCGAGGCCUACGCCGAGAAACUGCGGCGCCUGGGCUUCGGCGGCCCGGCGGGGCCUGGCGCCAGCAGCGAAAUCUUCGGCACGGCCUACUGCACCGCGCUCUACCUGCGCCAGCGCCUAGCCGGCCCGCCGGCCCCCAAGGCCUACGUGCUGGGCAGCGCGGCCCUGGCCGCGGAGCUGGAGGCCGUGGGCGUCGCCUGCGUGGGCGUGGGGCCCGAGCCUCUGCAGGGCGACUCCCCCAGCGCCUGGCUGGACGCACCGCUCGAGCCCGAUGUGCGCGCCGUGGUGGUGGGAUUCGACCCGCACUUCAGCUACAUGAAGCUCACCAAGGCCGUGCGCUACCUGCAGCAGCCCAGCUGCCUGCUCGUGGGCACCAACAUGGACAACCGGCUCCCACUGGAGAACGGCCGCUUCAUCGCGGGUACGGGCUGUCUGGUCCGAGCCGUGGAGAUGGCCGCCCAGCGCCAAGCCGACAUCAUAGGGAAGCCCAGCCGCUUCAUCUUCGACUGCGUGUCCCAGGAAUAUGGCAUCAACCCGGAGCGCACCGUCAUGGCCCCACUGACUACAGUGUGCCUCCAGGUGAAGACGAAGCCCUGCCAUGGGGGCUGGAAAGCUCCAGGCCUGCUGCUGCUGCUGCUGCUGCUGGCACUGGCCACCGCCGGGGCUGUGGCUGGAGGGAUUCUUGGGUUCGCUCACAGCCCUUCCAAGCCACCACUGCACAUGCUCCGUCUGACCCUCCCAAGCCCCAGGGUGCCCCGGUCCAACCAAACUGAACAGGUGGAUGUAGCCCAGAACGUGGCAACCAUCAGGGUGACCCCAGCUCAGAGCAACCACAGCUGGGCGGUGCUGUUCGACGGGCAGAGUGGUUACGUCUGUUACCGCCCCGCCGAGCACCCGGCCUGCUUCCUUCGCCUGAUGGAACCCCAAGAUCGCGAGACCCUGCAGCUGCUGGUGAAUACCUCACGGCCCCAAGGGACUCACAGCCCCAGCCAGGACACCCACUAUGCCCAGGAGCUGCUGGCGGUGCUCGGGAGCCGUAAGGUGGACCCCGCCCGGGUUGGGGCUUCCGUGCAGCACCUUUGUGGGAAGACCCCCAUUUACUGGGCCCGACGAGCAGAGGGUGAGUUGGGGCAGGCCGUGUGGAGAGGCCUGGGCUCCCACAGGACAGUCUGGGGUGAAGGGGAAGAGCCCUUUGGGGUUCACGGAGGCUCCUCCCCCCAGGUCCCCAGAGGCAGCGGCUGA